UAGCAGGCCGCUCCGAGUAAUGACCCAAAAAAGGCGUCGAAAGCCCUAAACCGCGCAAGCCAGUUUAAUUGAACGGCUACGAUCAACUUAUACAAUCCCUCCCUGACAUCGCAACCGUCAAAUCUCUUGAUAAAGGCAGUGUAAGAGCCCUAGUUUAAAACCCUCUUCUACGGAAGCUGUUGUAGCUGAUAGCCGCUGUGCUUCUGGAGCUGGUCCUUUCGUAUCCAGGUAAACUCGUCGUCCAUAGAUGCUUCAGUUCAUCACACUUCAGCUAGAACUCUUCUAGAUCUUCCAUUGGAGGCCAGCUUGUCAAACUGGCGUUGUUGGAAUGAAUAUAUAAUUCUUCUUUGUAGUUAGAUCGAUUUGGGCAUCCUGAAAUGGCUGUUAGGAGAAAAAAAUUGAUAUCGGCUCUUGGCAUGGCGAUUAGGACAGUUAAUUAGUUUACUGCUGUAUAAUUUCAAGUCUUAUAAUCUUGUGAUAGAUUUAAAUUGGCUGAGUUGAAUGUUGCGCUGAGAUGUUUUUGGGUUGUUUUUGGGAUUGCAGAGGAGUUGAAGGAUGUCUCACCGUAAGUUUGAGCACCCCCGGCAUGGUUCCUUGGGAUUUCUCCCCAGGAAGAGGGCUGCCCGCCAUAGGGGAAGAGUGAAGGCUUUCCCCAAGGAUGAUACAUCAAAGGAACCCAGACUGACUGCUUUCUUGGGUUACAAGGCUGGAAUGACCCAUAUUGUCAGGGAGGUCGAGAAGCCAGGGUCGAAGCUUCACAAGAAGGAGACCUGUGAAGCCGUCACAAUUAUUGAAACACCACCCUUGGUCGUUGUUGGAGUUGUUGGCUACAUCAAGACACCUAGUGGCCUGCGCUCUUUGAACACUGUCUGGGCCCAGCAUUUGAGUGAGGAUGUGAAGAGAAGGUUCUACAAGAACUGGGCAAAGUCAAAGAAGAAGGCUUUCACCAAGUACUCCAAGAAGUUCGAGUCUGAUGAAGGCAAGAAGGAUGUUACUUCCCAGCUGGAGAAGAUGAAGAAGUAUGCAACUAUCAUCCGUGUCCUGGCUCACACUCAGAUUAGGAAGAUGAAGGGACUGAAGCAGAAGAAGGCUCAUUUGAUGGAGAUCCAGGUCAACGGUGGAGACAUCGCCAAGAAAGUGGACUUUGCCUACAGCUUCUUUGAGAAGCAGAUUCCAAUUGAUUCCGUCUUCCAGAAGGAUGAGAUGAUCGACAUCAUUGGUGUGACCAAGGGUAAGGGUUAUGAAGGUGUUGUCACUCGUUGGGGUGUCACCCGUCUCCCCCGAAAGACCCAUCGUGGUCUUAGGAAGGUCGCUUGUAUUGGGGCAUGGCAUCCUGCCAGGGUCUCCUACACUGUGGCCAGGGCUGGACAGAAUGGUUACCAUCACCGUACUGAGAUGAACAAGAAGAUCUACAAGCUUGGAAAGUCUGGCCUGGAUUCUCACUCUGCCAUGACUGAUUAUGACAGGACCGAGAAGGACAUCACACCUAUUGGAGGAUUCCCUCACUACGGUAUUGUGAAGGAAGAUUACAUUAUGAUCAAGGGUUGCUGUGUUGGUCCCAAGAAGCGUGUGGUGACCUUGAGGCAGUCUCUGUUGAAGCAGACUUCCCGAACUGCUACAGAGCAGGUGAACCUCAAGUUCAUCGACACUUCGUCCAAGUUUGGGCAUGGACGAUUCCAGACCACUCAGGAGAAGCUCAAGCACUAUGGUCGCCUCAAGGCUUAGAUUGCACAAGUCGAGUCGUGUUUGCCCUUCAUGGCUAUUAUUUUCCUAGUUAUCUCUGGCAGUUGCUGGAAUUCUUUCUGUUUUUGCACCUGUUUUGUCGCUGGAUGUUCUUAGCUAUAAAUUUUGAGAUAUGACUUUGGAUUUGAGUCGCAGUUUGGACAUCUUAAUUAGAUGUUGAUGGUUUGCUGUUAAAGUUUCGUUGCCCAAGUCGCCUUUUAAUGGCUAUUUGCUAGGAAAUUGCUUGAUCUAAACUAGAUGCUCCAUCAGUUAAACUAACCUAAUUUAUACGUUAUCAGAAAGAAACACUUACAAUAGUCGGCAAAUGGUCUCCGAACAGAUGAAGAUCGGUCAGAACCAAGGUUGUCAACCCACAGGUUGACACGGACCCAAUUGAACUAGUGAGUUAAGAGUUAAUGGGUCACCCGGUUUAGUCCACAAAUAUGAAAAGAGUCAUUAUAUUAUACUUAUCUUGAAAAAUUAUAUCAAAUCUCAUCUAAAAUAUGAGUUAUAACAUAUAAUAUUACACCAAAACAAAAUAACAUAUCGUACUUAGAUUCAACAUAUAGUGAAAAUUCACACACUUAUAUAACAUCAAUAUUCAAAUGUUCAACUUAAGAUUCCAAAUAUUGAGUUAGGCCGGAAAAAUAUCGGAAAAUAUGCGCAUUUCGCAAAUCAAAGAAAAAAAUGACACAAUUUGACAUCCAACCUGGUACCUUGUAGCGGUCGACCCGGCGGGUGCUUGCGGCUCGUUUUCUCAUCGGGCCAGGGUCAAAGUGGGUCGACCCACGGAUUGACAACCUUGGUCGGAACUAAGAACCCCGCAUACAUUUCAAUUUUGAAAGUACUAAAGCUAUUCCUCUUCCUCACCAGAAUAUUGAGGAUAGACUGAUCUGGCACGCUACAAACGAUGGGGUAUUCACUGUUAAGUCAGCCUAUCACUUUGCUGUCAUGUUGGAUAAACGGAAGGGCCAUUGGAAAUCCAUGGUUAGUUGGAUGGAUAGGGCUAGUUGAAUCUGUUUGUUGGAUGUUGAUAUCCAACCCAAAUUAAAAUUUCAAGACAAUAAACCAAAUAAAAAAAUAUCAAAAUGCAUAGAAAUUGUUGGCUGGACAUUCAUUAUAAGUAAAUGAAUCUAUAAUAUAUUAUUCUUCUAAAAUUUAUAAAAUAAAAUAAAAAACAGAUUGAACCAUUGCCUUAUUAAAUGUACGUCUAGAUUUUUAGGUAAAUAAUGCAUUACGUUAGCGUGCCCAUGAUAGAAAACAUGACAAAAUUAUAAUUAUAUCACAAAUAUGUGUAUAUGACAUACAUAUAUUUAGGAUACGAACACUUAGAUCAAUAAUUUUAACAUGAUUGGGCCGAGUAUCUACGAAUUGCGUAACCCAAAACCAGCAUCUACUUCAAAAGAAGUUAGUUCCAUAAAAAAAAAAUCGCUCAAUCUUAAACUUUAAAUUUAUCGAUAAAUAUAGGUGAAUUGUGUCAGGUUAAACGAAUGGGUUAGGUUAUGAUUUUUUUUUUUUGCCAUUCAAAACCCCAGAAGCGGGGAAUGAAAAAGAUACAUUAUC